AUGUCUUACACGGCCGCAUCUAGUCGAUUAACGCCAGCAAAUUCACGGUCGAAUCUUCGCAGUGUCGGUGUCGAUGGUGAUACACGAAAGAGUACGGACGCAUUGAAUCGUAUAGCAGCAUUGAGGAGCAAGCUCCACCAGUCAAGCGAAAAUCUGCGGAAAUCGUCCGAUAAUCUUCGUUUAACGUCGGCUGGUGAUGGUGACGGCCAGAAUGCGCCAGUACGAACGCAUAGCAUUAGCAACUUACGAGGUGCCAAUGCCCUCGAAGCCUACGGGACAUUCGACGUUGAUCAACUCGACAGGAGAGAUUUGUGA